CGUCUGUCACGCACCUGCGCGUGCGUGCGUCAUCUUAACGCCAUGGAAACAACGAUGACGCGCAGCCGAACUCCUAUAAAAGACCUGCUGCUCUUUCGACUGUCAUUCUGCACUUGGAUUUGGAGCUGAGCUGUUAGAGAAACUGGGAGCUGGACUCUGGAGAUUUGAAACGCUGGAAAGCAUCUGAAGAAUGGACCUUGUUGAAGAACAAACUCGGUGGAUUAGUGACAGAAGAAGAAGAAAACCGACCCGCUGGACAAACGGAUCAGACAGAAGAGCAGCUGCUGUUUGGAGGCCUGACAGACCUGGAGAGUCAGCACACAGGUCUCCUGAUGUGAUUGUGGACCUUCGCACCUCUGAGACGACAGAAAAGUGGCCUUUGAAUGCUGUUCUGUACACGUUUUAUAAAAUGCACUAUUUUUUUUGUUCUUAUUCUUUGCCUUGUCUUCUCUUUUAUUGUCCUUUUUUCAUCAUGUUUUCUGCCUUCUUCCUCUCCUACUACUCUUCUUCUUGUCUGUUUUCUAAUCCUUCUUCUUCCUCCCUCUCCUCCUUUUUCUCCCCCUCUCGUCAUCUCAUCCCUUUCCUUCCAUUUUGUCCUCCUCUUUCCCCCUUCCUUCUGCUUCUACUGCCUACAGUUUUUUUCUCCAUUUUCUUCUCCUCUUCUGUCUUUUUUCCCCUUCCUUUGCCUCCAUUCUGCUUUUUCCUUCAUGUUCUCUUCCUUUCUCUUAACUACUUUUUCUUCUUCACUUUCUUCUCUCCCUCGUUCCACUCAUUAUUCUUUCGAUUCCUUCUUUACCUCCAUCUUCUUUUCCUUCUCCUUCUGUCAUCUUCAUCAUCUCUUCAUCCCUCUACUUCUUGUUUUCCUUUAUCCUUUUCUCCACCUCCUUCACUUCCUCCUUCUUCCUCCUUUCUUUUUCUUUUUCUCCUCUUCCUAUUCUGUCAUCUUCUUAGCCUUUUCUCUUCUUCUGUCUUCUUGUCCUUCUUUCUCCUCCCGUCAUUUUCCUCUUCUUCUUUCAUCUCCUCUUCCCUCCACCCUUGUUCUCCUUCUCCCUUCUCUAUUACUCCUCCUUCCAUCUUUCUCUUCUUUCUCCUCUUCCUUCAGUCUUUGUCUCCUUCUUUCUCCUCCACUGUUUUUGUUUUUGUUUCUUUGUCAUUCUUUUCAUUUUUCUCAUUCUUUUAUUCUCCUCCUCGCUUCAUUGUCUCCUUACACAACUUCCUUUACUCCUUGUUCUUGCAUUUUCUUUCUGUCCAUCUUCAGUCUCCUUCAUUCUUUUGUUUCUCUUCUCCUUCUUUUUGUCACUCUUGUCUUCUCCUCGUCCUUUUUCCUCUAUUUUCUUCACAUUUUACUUCCUGUUCUACUUAUUCUUUUUCAUUUCUUCCUCUAUUACUCCUUGUUCCCCCUCUUUCUACUCUUCCUCACUCUAUUGUUUUGUCUCCUCCUUCUCUUGUCUUCCUUCUCCUUCUGUCUUGUCAUUUUCUUAUCCCAUCUUCCUAUUUUGUUACUCCUUCCUCCUCUCCUUUUUUCUUCUUCUCUUCCCCUUUCUUCUUGAGUUGUCCUCCUCCUUUCUCUCCUAGUACUGCUUCUUUUCCAACUCUUCCCCUCUUUCCUUGUUGUUCUUUCUCCUUCUCUUCCUCAUGCUUUCCUUUUGUCUUUUGUUUUUUCUCCUUCUUUUGGCUUCUUCUUUAUUCUCCUUCUGUUUUUCCUUUUUUUCUCCUCCUACUCCUCUGUCUUCUAUUUAUUUCUCCUUCUGUCAUCUUUUCCUGCUUCUGUCUUCUCAUUUUUCCUCCCUGUGCUCCCUCAUUCUUUUCUUCUUCUCCUUCUUUUGCUUCCUCCCUUUUCUGUCUUCUUUCUCCUUCUUUGUCUUGUUCUUCUUCAUGUCCUUCUUUCUACCUCCUCUGUCUUUUUUAUCCUUUCUCCUCCUCCUUUCUCUUCUUCUCCUUCUUUCUCAUUUUCCUUCUUUGUCUACUCUGCUCUUCCUCAUUCCUCUCUCCUUCUCCUUCUGUCUACUUUUAAUUAUUCUUGUCU